AUGGGGAUUCCGCGUCUCAUUGCCACCUUGGAACCCCUGGCUAUCCAUCGCCGCCUUCAAGACGAAACUGUCGUCGUCGAUGGGCCAGCGUUGGCCUAUCAUGUCCUCCAUGUGUGCAGGCGGAAUGGUAUUACCCAUCCAUCCUAUCGCCUUCUUGGUCGGACGGUUAUAGACUGGCUGGAUGAAUUGUCCAAGCAGCGGGUGGUUAUAAAAGCCAUCUACUUCGACGGCUAUCUCCCAGUAGCGAAACAAGCAGUGCGCAUGGAGAGAAUGAUGAAAAGUACGCUGCAGAUAUCGAAAUUCUUUGCGGGAAGCCCCGAUGGAUGCAUCAAAGCCCAACUAGUCCAAGAAAAGGGAAAUGUCAUUAUUGAUGCCUUUCUAGCUGCCACCCAAGAGGUCAGCCCCUUCGCAGACCCUAGCUUCCUUGUGCCAUCCAUCAUCGAUGCCCUCCGACAGCACCCCCAGUUUGAAGCCUUGACUCAUGUCGUGCCAGGUGAGGCAGACAAUUACUGUGCUUCUUACGUGUCGCUGCACGGCGGAACUGUCAUAACUUCGGAUUCGGAUUUGUUGGUGCACAAUCUCGGGGCAGGUCAAGUUGUCUUCUUUCGAGAUCUGCAUCGAAACCCCGACUCGUCGAUAUUCGGCGCCAGCUAUUCGCCCAGCGAGAUAUGUCAGCAACUCGAGCUAUCUCCAUCAGUAGGACUUGCUCGGCUAGCCUAUGAACGAAAGCAGUUGUCCCAUGCUUCCCUUCCACAAAUCAUGCGGGCUUGUUCACAACCAGCACCAGAUCAAGAACGCUACCAGGCUUUUUGUCAGCAAUACCGCAACAAUGCUAGCGAGUUUCAUCUUCGUGUGAUGGCCAACAGUUCAUAUUGCAUCAUGAUUUUCGACCCCAGAAUAUCCGAACUAUACGUGCAGCUUGCCCAGCUGUCCACGAAUGUUACAGAGGACCCUGACUUUGUUCAAAUAUAUUUGCCCGUCCUGGUGGAAUGUCCAAAUCGCACUAGUGCCUGGGAACACAGUACCACUAUCCGCCAACUAGCUUACACGGUGCUGGCAUCAACCACCCCUACUCGCUUGACAAUGCACACACACAUUCUAGAGUACCGUCGCGUACAAAGCACUUUGCAAAAGGGAAGAAAAAUUGCUCUCACCUCCGCAGCUGAUGUGGAUCGGUCUGCCCAGGAUUUAUUAGAUCUUAUGGAGCGGAUUCGAGGUAUUUCAAAUGGAUCAGGGACAUAUUGGGUGAUGCUUCAUCUCGCAUUGGACGCACGUGAAUGCCGGCAACAGGACAAAGAGUCUCAUGCCUGGUGGACGUUCCAUCAGCGCCUCAAUUCCUCAGAAAUCACAGCAAGCCGCAGUAUCAGUUGGGACAUCAUCCAUCUCGUCUCCCAAAUCCAUGCUACUUGUUACUCUCUUCGAAUGCUCCAGCAAGUCUUAUCUCAUGCUUUAGAAAGGUCGACGGAGUCCGUCUCGCCAAAUUUAGGUCAACUGCAAAUGGCCUUGACCGACAUGUCCUCUCUCUCGAAUUUCCCCGACAUUGACCUCGUUGUAGAUCUUCUAACCACCCCAUCACAUUCUAAGCUAGCCAACGCCUUGGCAGAUUGCCUGAACUUAAGAGCACCCGCACAACGAGCACCGCGUAUUGGGUACCGUGGCAGCUUCAAGAUGAUCAAAUCUGCGAAUGAGAAGGCAACGGGCAAGAGGCCGAACGAUGAUUCAACAAAGCCUUGGUCCGAUUUCAAUAACUUGGCAACUAAUAACAUGUUCAGCCUCCUCUCUGUUGACUGA